AUGUCUCCGACUGACCAAACGUCCGAUUACAGGGAAAACUUUUACAGCGCAGGACCUUACGCCGACAUGUUGCUGACCGAGCCUAUUUCACCUCAUGCUGUUUCAGCCGAGUCGUCACCAACGUACCUGUAUAGUGCUGUUGAACAUUAUCUGGAUCUACAAUGGACAAUCGAGCGGCAAUCAAAUUUUCCAUUGUCGUCCCAAGAGCCUCAAAUUAUUUUUGAGGAGAAACCGCUCUUGAGUGUCCGCAUUCCCUAUGAAUGCUCUGACAGCCAGUGUAAAAAAUUGUCAGAUAUAGAAAAGAGUCCAGCACCAACUCCGAGCAGUGCAGUGCCUAAUUCAAGCGGAACCCUCAAGCCGAAGCGAGCCAGAACAACUUAUACCACACACUAG